AUGAUGCAGCUUCCAGAAGUACGUAAGAAAGAUGAUGGAGCUUCCAGAGCUGUGAUCCCUGGUGGUCCUAACACAGUUGUGACUCCAAGUGGUCCUAACACAGCUGUGAUCCCAAGUGGUCCUAACACAGCUGUGAUCCCAAGUGGUCCUAACACAGCUGUGAUCCCAAGUGGUCCUAACACAGCUGUGAUCCCAAGUGGUCCUAACACAGCUGUGAUCCCAAGUGGUCCUUACACAGCUGUGAUCCCAAGUGGUCCUAACACAGCUGUGAUCCCAAGUGGUCCUAACACAGCUGUGAUCCCAAGUGGUCCUAACACAGCUGUGAUCCCAAGUGGUCCUAACACAGCUGUGAUCCCAAGUGAUCCUAACACAGGGAGUGGGAGUUCUCGUUUAUUAUGA